UGUUAACUUGCCUGAGUUUGGAGUUUUGUAUAUUUUCACUCCCAGGACAAGUUUAACAUUAUUAGUUAUUGUCUAACUUAAUAUAUUGUCAUAAGUUAUAAUCGUUAUGAAUAUAAAUUUGAUUGUGAAAAGGAUGUCGGUGAUGAUUGGAAUGAGGUGAAGAGAGCAAGGUUAAGGUAAAAAAAGGACAGUGAAUGGUGUUUGGAUUAAAUGGAAAUUGAUAAUGUAAUGGAAACGAAAUUUGGUUUCACAGGUUUAACAGGUUAAAUGUUAUCAACAUUUGAAACAUUUUCUUCUCUUUUCCUCUCCUGUUCAACUUACAGCCUUAACCAACAACAAUCAAUACAAUUUCAUCGUGUCUCAAUUCAUCUAAUUGUGCUUCAACACUUGGUUUAACAAUUGUUCAUAAGGAUUUCAGAUUUUGGAUGCAUUUUGGAUACAAAGUUGCCUGUUAAAAUUAGUGAAAACGAGAAAAAUUCAUCAAUCAAUUGAGAGUUUAAUCCAAAUGUUAAAGUGUUUGUGUUCAAUUUCAGUGUGUUCAAGUCCAGUUAUGGAUAGAUAUGUAAUCCAGUGAGCCUUGAAGUUGUUACUAUUCAACAAUAUCAUCAGUAAUCAUCACAAAUCAUCAAAUCAACCAUUAGCCUCAUCACUCCAACAUCAACAACACUAUCAAAAUCUGAAAAGGAUAGGAAGAUGGUUAAAUCAAUUACGGUGAAAAGUUCAAUUGUUCAAAAAUUUGCUCUUGUAGUUGUUAUAUUCAUCUUUUCAGUGAUCAAUAUUUUCAUCAAAGCUUCUGUGAAAACAAACGAUUGUCCAAGAAGCGUUGACCAUUGUGCUAAAAACAUGAAGAGCGUUCUCAACGAUACAAGAUUUACCUUUCCUCGGAAUGACCAUCAAUUGGAUAUUUUAUGUCAUCAUUUAAAUCGAACCAUUACCUGCAUCAAUAAAUUCAUCGAAUGUGAUCUUACAUCAAACGUUAAGAAGGACACUUUCAAUGGAUUACUUCAGUUAAUGGAGAAACUGUGUUCAAAAUCAUCCAAGUUCAGAAUAGAAUAUUUAAAACAUGCUGAAUGUUAUCAUAAAUUAGCUCCUGUUUACACCAAAUGUUAUCAACUUUAUUACGAAAGUGAAAGGAAAAGGAUUGAACUAAAUCGUAAUAUAACAACCUCUCAACACCUAAUCUUAUGGUGCUGCAACUAUAAAAACCACCGAAAGUGCACCACUGAUCCUGUUAGUAGGUAUUGUGGUUCUGAUGCUGCCAACUUAGCUGAACAAAUUGUGAUUAUUAGUGAAGGUCAAGAAACACUUGACCACUGUCCUAAGCAUAUAAUUACAUCGUCAACAUGUCUUAAACAGUGGGAAAGCCUUGGUUUACUUGUAAAUACAACCUACACUUCAAAUGGAAACAUUGAAUUUCUGUCAGAUGAAGAUAAUUCCCUUUAUCCGGAUCGUAUAUCAUCUUCAGCAUUUUCACCAUCCACUAGAAAGUGCAACAAUCAUUUAAACAAAUUAACAUUGGUCAAUCCGUUUCUCCCAUCGAUCCUUCAAUCACUUGCUCUACUCGUCAUUAUACUUGUUUACAAUCAUUUCAACGUUUUCUGCACUUUUCCAGUCAACUCUUGUCAACACUCGCCAACACUGGAAACACCAAAAUUCAAACAAUUUUCACAUUUACAAGCAACUCCAUCCAAUGGAGCUUUGAAACAUUGGUUUGAAAGGUCAUCUUUGGUGAAGGAAAAGACAUGAUAACAGUUUUAGUUAUAAUCAAGAAGCAAAACUGAAUUGUGUGAUUAAACUUUUUACUCUAAUUGUGAGGUGAAAAUUGUGCAAACACUUGAAAAGAAAUGCGCUUUUUUGCCGCAACACUUUUUUUAACGAACCCAACAUUUGGAUGGAAAUGAAGUUAUGGCCAAUCUUUUUUUCGUCUCUGGUUAAUCAAUUAUUCCCUGGUUAUUAGAUGAAAUUAUUUUCAAUUUUCCUUCUCCUUCUUCCUAACUGUAUUAAAGACGUUAAUCAAUUCAAAAAACAAGGAUAUCAAUCAAUCUCUCAAUCGGAAUGUCAAUCAUAUCAACAAAAAUUAAGGAAUUAACACUUUUCGGUUGUAAAUUGCAACUAAAUUGACCACACUUUACACUUACACUUGUAAACAAUCCCAACAAUCACUUUGAAUCGUUAAAUUGUUGAAGAAAUUAUUUUGAAGCUAAAAGCAUUAAAGUAAUUGAACAUAUCUUUUUGUUUGUUGUGACCAUUAUGUUGAAUCUUUACACUAAAGUCAAUUCAUAUUGAAAAAGGUUGGCAAAAGUAAAACUUGUGACUUUGUCCCAAUUGAAAAUUGAUGAUAAUUUUAAACAUUGAAAGUCAGAUUUAACUAGCAAUCAAGCAUUUUUGGAUAUACAUUUGUUAUUAACAUUGUUUGUUCAAGAAAAUUUUACUUCUUUCCAAAGGUGAUUUUCUUGAAUCUUGACCACGGUAAGCAAGAAUCUUCUUGUUUCAUGUUGAUCAAUUUUUUUACUGAAAUUAGAUAUGCUCAUGAAGUAAUUGGUUUUGUGUCCAAAAUUGAUAAUUAAAUCUGAUAUUCAAUCUUUAAAACUGGGAGACUUUUUUUCAUUCUGACAAACGAAAGCUUUGUUAGCUUUUUUCAAUGUGAAUUGACUGUAAUAAAUAAAUGUAUUAUUAAGAAAAAAAGACAUUAUCUUCUUUAUACUGAUUAUUUAAAUAAAGCUUACAAAUUCAAAUGCCAUUUUCUGAAUUUACGUCAUUUGGAUGAUUGAUUUAUUCAAUUUUAAUGUACAUUUCGAUUUAGAGUAUAACUGAAAAGGUGCUUA